AUGAAGAGUACAGUGCUAGCAUUGGUCCUUCUCAUUGCCUUGAGUUCACAACCACUCCUUGGAGCAGCUGAAGCUUCACCUGAAGAAGUGGUUGACACAUUUGGCAAGAAGCUCAGAGUUGGUGCCAAUUACUAUAUUAUUCCAACAUCUACUAUUCCCUACACCAAAUUUAGAACUAGCAGAGGCCUUGGCCUAGCCAGCAUUGGUAAACCUUGCCCUCUUGAUGUUGUGGUUGUGAAUGGAUAUCAUGGCUUGCCAUUGACAUUCACACCCUUUAACCCCAAAAAAGGUGUUAUUCGUGUCUCCACUGAUUUGAACAUUAAAUUCUCUACACAUACAAAUUGUCCCUACCAAUCCACAGUGUGGAAGCUUGAUCGUUUCGAUUUUUCAAAGAGACAAUGGUUUGUGACCACUGGUGGUGUUGUGGGCAACCCAAGUUUGGAAACCAUGCACAAUUGGUUCAAGAUUGAGAAGUAUGAUGGUGAUUAUAAAUUGGUCUAUUGUCCCAGCAUGUUGCAUUCUUCCAAGCAUUUGUGUAAAGAUGUUGGGUUGUUCGUGGAUGAGGAAGGAAACAAGCGUCUUGCUCUCAGCGAUGUUCCCCUCAAAGUUAAAUUCCAACAAGCCUAA